CCAAGCCAGGGGGUCAGACCAGGAGAGCAGGUGAGAAUAUCCAUUAGCCAAGCCGAGUUCAGAUCAGGAGAGCAGGUGAGAACAUCUAUUAGCCAAGCCGGGGUCAGAUCAGGAGAGCAGGUGAGAAUAUCCAUUAGCCAAAUCGGGGGGUCAGAUCAGGAGAGCAGGUGAGAACAACUAUUAG